CGAAGGGCUGCUGAUGUGCCUCAAGGCGGGCUCUUUUUCGAUCCAAGGUAUUGAUUGAUUCGGCUCUGAACGGCCGACAGCGCCGGAGCCUCGGAGAGAAAUUGCGGCACCCUCCCCGGCAAGGCAUCUCCUUGAUCCAUGGCUGCCAGACCGAUGCUGCCGUACCUCAUCUACCAUCUCACAAUUUCUCAACGUCUCUUGAGCUAGCAUGUCAUCUGCUGCAGCGCGUUAGAAGCAGGCCAAAGAGCAAGGAUGGCGAAAAAGAACCUCAAAGCAGCGUUGGCAGGCCAUCAUUCCCGCAAAGCAUCCGCAGACAAAGCAGCUCGUGUAGAAGACGCGCAGAAACGAAAAGCAGAAAGCAUCAAGAGGUCAGUCUCUGGUGCCAGUGCUAGAGCCAAUGCUGAGAAGAAGCGUGAGAAGAAGAGGCGGCGGCUGGAUGAGGGCGAGGAGCAACGCGAAGGGGCUGCCAGUGAAGUGCAGCGGGGCAAGCAGAACGUUUCGCGAGAAUCCGCUGUCGGUCACAAGCCUACACGACUGUUCGAAAUAGAUGACACUGUCCUACUGAUUGGUGAAGGUGACUUCUCGUUCGCUGUCUCUCUUGUGGCGAGUCCUCACGCUGUAGCGUUGCAACAGCUCUUGGCCACCUCAUACGACACGGAAGCUUCCUGCUACGCCAAGUAUUCAAACGCCUCAGCCAACGUGGCAAAGCUUCGAGAAGCCGCUGGGAGGCAAGACGUGGUCAUAUUCGAAGUGGACGGGGGUAAUCUGGCUAAGCAUCCGGAAGUCACAGGUCUGUCAAAGACCGCUGCGAAAGCAAAAGCGAGGGGAGACGAUGUUCGAUUCAGGCGAAGCUGGAGCAAGAUCUACUGGGGCUUUCCUCACGUUGGUCAAGGUCAUGCAGACGAGACCAGGAACAUCCUUGCCAAUCAGCUAGCUUUAUCGCGUUUCCUUGUGAGCGCCGCUUCGUUGCUCAGCGUUGGACCAGUUCCCUCGUACGCACAGCAGGGCGUCGCAAAGAAGGGCGUGAUAGCGAAGAGUCGCAAAAGAGCCAGAGAAGCUCAUGAUGGAGGACCUCUGAGCGAUGAAGAGCACUUCAGCGAUGGCGAAGAAGACGCUCAGUCCGACAACGUAGACGAAGAUGGCGAAGGAGGAGAAGAGACUACAGCACUCAGAUCAGAAUUUGCCAGGGUCCCAUACAGAGCGCCUACUCGGGCAGGUUCCAUACUCAUCUCGCUUCGUCACGUAUCACCUUAUACUGCCUGGGAGCUUCCGAAACUGGCAAAGUCACUACCGACGCUAUAUCCACAAUUGUUGAGAACAGCGCCUGCUCCACCCAAGGGACAGCACACCGUCACGACGCAAGAAGCAGCAGACGCAGGGUCUUACAGAGUAUGGCGAAGUUUUGAUUUCUACCCUGAGGACUACGUGGACUAUAAGCAUGUUCGCACGGACGCCAAAGGCAAGGAAGGCGAUUUGUUCAAGGAUGAAAGCAAAGCGUCUUGUAGGUGCUGGGAGCUUGGCAGAUCUGGCCCAGCGUAGCGCUAGCUGCGCGUCGAAGGGAACAAUGAGCGCGCUCUGUGUCAUCAACAAUCAUCACAAGCACAUCACCGUGUCGUCCCGUCUAUGCUUUCAUGGCCUAUGCUUGUCUUUCGUGUCAUCGUUGAUUUCUGUGGGCCGGCAUUCGGAGAGAGGUCUAGUUUGACCGACUGACGGGAGGCGCGUCGGUUUCUUCAUGAUGCGCGAGAAUCCACAACAACAAUCGCUCUCGCGCUUGCCUAGCAUGAGGCCAGGAAGCAAUCUCCACCACCCUAACGAGCUCAGUCAAAGCAGUCUGAGUCCAAGCUUGGCAAAUUAGAAGUGUGAAUCUGAUGAUAAGC